AUGCUUGGCGAUCUGACUGUAUCAGAAAUUGGUUUAUCCCAACCAAUGGAAUACAAAACGGACGCAUUACUCACUCCAGUAUCCGCAUCCACUGUAGUCACUGAUGUGGAUUGGUCCACAUUGGUUUCGGCUCCCAGUCUGUUCCCGCUUGAUGCACCAACCAAAUCUGUGUGCACUAAUUCCGGCUUUGCCAUGGUAGAGCAUGUGGGAUUUCCACAUGCAUCGUCUGUGUCUUCUGGUUCUGCCAUCGCCACUGCUGCUGCUGCUGCUGCUGCUAUCGCCGCACCACACUCGCCUUCGUUUCUACCGUUUCAUUCAUUAGAAUCGGAUUUCCAUGACCUGAUGGAUACAGCCGACUCCAAUAUGGGAUUGUCUCCGUUGGUGAUAAACUGGACAGGUGAUGCUUAA